AUGUUCGCCCGAGGGAAGUCGAAGGAGCGCUCUUCGACCAGGAAGGUCACGCCACCAGGGCCAACAUACAUGACCAGCGAACAAUUCGGUAUGUCCUCGCUCGCAGAGGACAGGCAUGGCUUUCGCUGCUAUGUACAGGCUGCUAACGGUUCGUCUGCAGCGGCAUACCUUGCGGACCUGCGCAAUAACCGUGUGAACCGCCCGGCCGGUGCUCGCCCCUUGCCAAAUCCCCCCAAGCACGAUUCCACUGGCGUGUCUGGGAGCGCCAGGGCAUCUGUUGAUGCUCCUACUAACUCGGAGAUUGUCCCUUCGCCGCAGAGCCACCAUCAGCGCAGCCAGUUGGAUGUCAACAGCCAGUCGCCAUCAAUCAUCCGCCAUGCCGUCUCACCUAGCAUGUCGUCAAGGUACCCGACUCUGUCUGGUGGCCGGGACUACUAUCCAGACAAGCCCGUUCAGCCCCUGAAGCCUUCCGAGGUGGUGCCUAGUGCGACUUACAUCGAGCGUGGUCAGCGAUGGAUGGAGAAGGAAGAGGCUCACUCCCUGCGUCGCGCCAUGGAGGAUAUGGAUUUGAGGGAUCGCCUGCGCAAACAAAAGGUGUCUGAUGACGAGCUCAGCGAGGAGGAGCGUAUCUAUCAGGCCGCUCUCAACGAGGCCGCUGAGCUCGUGUGGCAGCAUCAAAAUCCAGGAAAGGUUCCCCCGCCCGGUGCUCCGUACCGUUACAGGCCACAUCUGCGGAAGAAUAGUUAUGCACAUGCCCGCACGGCCAGUACCGGCUUGUAUGGAAAAGAUGUUGCUCCCACUGGCCUGGCUCGGAAUUCCCACCACACCCGCUCUAUGUCCGGUAGUUCCACAGAAGGCGACUCUCCAAGGCUCGCGACCAGCCGGACUUCGUUUUCAUCUAGUCGCCAAGGGCAAGGGAGCGAGACGCCUCGGCAGACUUUUGGAAGCGGCCAUGAGACCAAUAAGCCGUAUGGAGAUGUCGCAUCUGGCACACCUUCCGCCUGUGUUCCCGGAGCGCGUGCUAGGGGCAGGCAAAGGAGAAACAUCAGCGGGGAGGUUGGCAAGCCUUUUUCGCCAGAUCAGAUCUGGGAAGAGCCGGAUGCCGAGACGUCAAGCCAAGCUCAACAUCCGAUACGGGAUGAGGAGACGCCGCUUCGGCCGAAGCCAAGUGAUCCUCUCAACAGGGCCCCCGUUCUCCCCAGCGGAUCGACGAGCAACACCGCAUCUCGAUCGUCAGUCCAAAAGCUGAUCUCGAAGUACGAGAUUCACCGGAACCCUCCAAGCCAGUCCCGGAAUCCCGAGUACACCAUCAAUGCUCAUCUUCCUACUGCUACUUCCCGCGAUGAUGUUCCUCGCAAGCAUGGCAUGGAGAUUCGCAGCGAGGAUAUAAGACAAGCUACGAGCAAGAAGCUGAAGGACCGCAGCCCAAAGCUGCCCACGCCUUCUGCCGUCAGCGAUAGUCCUGGUCGACCUAUCGUAAGCUUCGAUAAGAAUUGGAAGCCCCCAGAGGAGGCUACUGACGAAAGGUCAGAAGAGUCAAGAUCCGGCCGCAGAAUCGGCCCUGCGACGGUCCUCGUCCCGGGCAGACUUGAUCAACAGCAAACACAGCGGCAAGCGCAACAAGCGAUCCCUGCUAUCUCUGUUGCGAGUGAUUCUGCGGCCUCGUCAAAGCCUGCGUUGCGGUCACCGUCGCGGCAGCGCACCGCCCACCCCCCUCGCCCGCCUUCUCUUCAGGUAGAUGCGCCUACUCCCUCUUCCAUCCCCACCAUCGCUGUCUCAGACUCUUCCUCCUCUUCUCCAACUCCCCCCUCCAUCGUCAUCGAGCCAGAUGGAGGGGCGAGGGAUGGCCCUAGCAACCCCGUCAUUGUAACCCCUGACGACAACAACAUCAACAACUCAUGUAAUGGUUCCUCUCGACCGCUUCCUACUCCCCAACCCGGAGCCCCGCGUGUUCGACAUCAGCCUCGCCCACGCGACCCCUGGCCCUUAGACAAUCAUUCCUUCUCCACGCGUUCUGCUGCGCGCUGUCAUGAAUGCAACGGGCCUAUUCAAGGUCGUUUCAUCUCUCUUGCUGGCAGCACAGAGCGGUUUCACCCAGAGUGCUUUACGUGUUACGCCUGUGGCACUUCUCUCGAGGCUCUCGAAAUUUCACCUGAACCAGAAGAGCACCGCGCGGCCCGUUUGGACCGCAUUCGUCGCCGGCGAGCUGGAGAGAUCCUUCCCGAAGAGCCCGGCAAGACCAUGGCCGAAGACGGCGACGAGCGCCUGCGUUUCUACUGUCACCUUGACUGGCACGAGCUCUUCGCCCCGCGCUGCAAACAUUGCAAAACUCCCAUCAUGGGCGAGCACGUGGUGGCAUUGGGCGCCCACUGGCACAUCGGCCACUUCUUCUGCGCCGAGUGUGGUGAGCCGUUCGGCAAGGGCCAGACGCAUAUCGAAAAGGACGGCUAUGCGUGGUGUGUCAGCUGCCAGACGAAGCGCACCGAGCGGCGUGCGCCGAAGUGUCGUAAGUGCAGGAAGGCUGUCAUUGGUCAGUACAUUAAAGCGCUUGGCGGCGAGUGGCAUGAUGAAUGCUUCCGUUGCGGGAGUUGCGGCGGCGGAUUCGACGAUGGGCAGAUCUUCCCUCUUGAGGGGAGAGCACCGCCGGGGGAAACGUUUGUCCUGUGUACCAGGUGCAUGGAGAUGGAGUUGAAGGCAUGA